CGCCUCAACAUCGCCGCGGCUCGGCUCGAGAGGAGCCGCGCGCGAUCUCUGGCUCGCUCCCUCGUGCAGUCUCUCUCGAGUGGCCGCAGCGCUGGCGGCGACGCCGGCCGCGGCCGAGGCUCCGGGCGGUUGAGGCCCCUGGCCGCGAUGUCUCGCCCGCACGUGCGGUACGACCGCUGCGACUACCGCGGCCGCAAGGAACGGGGCUCCGUCGACGCCAUGAGCGACAGCAGCAGCUGCAGCAGCAGCAGCAGCGGCGGUGGCGGCGACCACCACUACCACCACCACCACUUCCAGCUUCAACAUCAGCAGCAGCACAACAACCACCACCACCACGGCUCGGGGAGACCUGGGUUGCUACCGCUGCCAACCAGUGCGCCAAGCAUUCCGUCGCUCAUCCCUGCUGGGAUGGGGCCCCUCAAACCGCCGACGCACGCAGCGCGCACGGCGGAGGGUGGAGGAGCUCCUUCGAGGGCAGCGAUGGGAACCGGGGGCCAGUGGACGCAGACCUCCACGGCAGCCCAGGGGCUCCACUGGAGCACCCAGGAGCCUCCCGCCAAGCAGAUGCGCGAGAGCAACGGUGUCACCUGGAUCUCCACGGUGCCCACCCUCAUGUCAGUACCGCCCCCGGUCUCCUACGCGGUGAUGCAGCAGCAGCAGCAGCCCCAGCCCGGCUACGCGGCACACGCCGCGCUAGCGCCGACGCUCGUCAGCGCCCCCUCGCCCCAGAUGUCCCUGCUGCCUCCGCCGCCACCGCCGUACCCAGUCGCUGCCCUGCAGCAUCCGCCGGCAAACAUGACCGCACCCAUGCACCACCCCCACCACAACCACCAGCAGCACCACCACCACCCCCACGCCUUGUACCCGCUGGGGCCAGCGCCGGCGCUACCGCACGCCGCCGGUGGUCUGCCACUACCGCCACAACCGCAGCAGCAACUGCAGCAACUGCAGCAGCAGCAGCCGAUGUUGCAGCUGCCACCCCUCACGGCUGUUGGCAGCGGCCUAGCAGGGGGCGACCCGGGGCAGCCCUACGGUUACGGCUACCCCGGCCUCGCGCUGCUGCCCAUGCCGCAGCACGGCGCCCAUUCCCAGCAGCAGCAGCUGCUGCUGCCGCCGGUCGCCAACGGGCAGCACGGGCAGCACGGGCAGCACGGGCAGCACGGGCAGCCGCCCGCCGCGUACGCCCAGCCGCAGCAGCAGCCGCCGCCGCCACCGGUCAACGGGGCGCCUGCCUCCGCGCCGGCCCAGCCGCCGGCGUAUCCGCACGCCGCGCCGGCGAAAGAGGCGACGGCCGGGAGGCCGCAGCGAGCGGAUGACGAGCAGCAGCAGCAGCUCCUGCGAGUGACAGCGAGCGGCGAUUACGAGUUCACCGACCCGGCCCACCCCAGAGGACUCUUCGCAAGACCAUCCGGAAGUCGUCGUCGGUUGCGGAACGGGGGGCCACGCACAGGUCAGGGCUCGUCGCCGGUUGCCAAAAAACUGCUGCAGGCGUUGAAUGAACAACGGCAGGAAGGAGCGUUCACUGACCUGAGACUAAGUGUGAAGGGACGCGUGUUCCGGGCACACCGUAAUAUCCUAGCGUCCUGCAGCUUGUAUUUGAAGCAGCUGAUCAAAAGCGCCACGGAGGAGCGGGAGAAAGCGAGCAGAGCGGCUGCGGCUGCGGCUGCGGAGGACGGGGCGGGCGACGGCGCGGACGGGGAGACGGCGGCGGCGACGGACGGCGCCGUGCGCGCCGCGACCCCCGGGGAGCCCCUGAUGCUGGAGGUGCCCGGGCUGGAGGCGGAGGCGCUGGAGCUGCUGCUGGAGUUCGUGUACACCGGCUCGCUGCUCAUCAACGCCGUCAACGCACGCGCCCUGCUGGAGGCCGCCAGCAAGCUGCAGUUCGGCACCUUCUGCAGGGUCUGCAGCGCUUUCCUGGAGAAGCAGCUGUCGGCCGCCAACUGCCUCGGCCUGCAGGCCAUGGCGGAGGCCAUGGGGUGCCCCGAGCUGGCGGGCCGUGCGCGCACCUUCGCGCUGCACCACUUCGCGGCGGUGAGCGCCCAGGAGGAGUUCCUGCACCUGGGCAAGGACGAGCUGGUGGCUUACCUGUCGGGCGACAGCCUCAACGCCGGCGCCGAGGAGGGCGUCUACGAGGCGGCGCAGCGCUGGAUCCGCAGGGAGCCCGGCGAGCGCAUGCAGUUUGCGGCCGAGGUCCUGGCGGCCGUGAGGCUGCCCUUCAUCCAGCCGACGUACCUCCUCAACGUGGUGGACAACGACGAGAUGGUGAAGGGCUCGGAGGCGUGCAGGGACCUCGUCAACGAAGCCAAGCGCUACCACAUGCUCCCGCACGCGCGCCAGGCCAUGCAGACGCCGCGCACGAGGCCCCGGCUCCUGGCCGGUGUGACGGAGGUGAUCGUGCUGGUGGGCGGGCGCCAGGCGGAGGGCACGAACCACCACGCGCUCACGGCCGUCAGCUGCUACGACCCCCACACGUGCCGCUGGCACCCACUCGCCAGCCCGCCCUUCUACGACCGCGAAUUCUUCAGCGUCGUGGGCAGCGGCGACAACAUCUACGUGCUGGGCGGCGUGGAGGGAGGCGUCAUCCUGCCCGACAUCUGGUGCUACUCGUCCGGCACGGACGCGUGGGGCCUGGUGGCGCGCACUGCCGUGCCGCGCUGCCGCCACAGCGGCCUCGUCGCCGACGGGAAAAUCUACUCGCUGGGCGGCCUGGGCGCCGCGGGCAACCUGGGCCACUGCGAGAGGUACGACGCUCAGACGAACCGCUGCGAGGUUCUCUCCCCGCUGCCCAAGGCCGUCCACUCGGCCGCCGCCGCCGUCCACGGCGACAAGGUGUACGUGUUCGGCGGCGCCGGGGACACCGGCCGCUCGGCCAACGUCAUGCAGUCCUACCUGCCGCGCACCAACACUUGGAGCUUCAUCGAGACGCCCAUGAUCGACAAUAAGUACGCCCCGGCCAUUCUGCUCAACAAGCUGAUUUACAUUCUCGGCGGCGCCUUCAGCCGCGCCACCACCAUCUACGACCCGGAGAAGGAGAACAUCAAGUCUGGACCCAACAUGCACUUCAACCGCCAGUUCAGUAGCGCCGUGGUGCUCGACGGCAAGAUCUACGUACUGGGAGGAGCGGCGAGCACCGACGGCCCCGGCCUCGCCAGCAUGGAGGUGCUGGACCCGCAGACCAACAGCUGGACCGUCGUUCCCAACCUGCCGGGCCCCGUCUACCGGCACGGCUGCGCCGUCAUCAAGAAGAACCUGCUGCACUCCAGCGCCUAGGCGCGGCGUGACGGCCUGCCGCUCGCACCGUCGUCGCUGGCAGGCCCGGGGUGGCGGUGGGGAGAGGGCGCUAGCGGUUUACAACGCCCGCCCGCGUGCAGUUUUGCACAAUUGGAGCAGCUUCCCCGCGAAUAUUCUCAGAUUUUGUGGGAGAUGACGCGCGGGACGUGGGGGGGGGGAAGACUCUGCGGCUUAACGGCAAAAGAAGAACGUUGGGCGAGAUGGACAGCGUUGAGAUGAAGUGGAACUUCUUUUUUAAAACACUAUAUUUAUACACACUCUAUAUAUCGAUAUACAGUAUAUACAUAUUGAGAGAGCAAAAUAAACUUUAACAAAUAUAACUAUUCGUACCAUCUUUUACGGUAGACGUGCGGCCGUGUGUAAUGUGCAAUGGUGGUUCAGACACACGCGUUGUCUACAGAGUCGGGAGUGGAACAGGCCAGGGGGUAGGCUCCAUCUGUGGCUGUCUCCAUUUUGACACAAUUAUAGCGCAUGCGCUUCAAUGCUGGAAUGUCAAAACUCAACCUUAAGGCUCUGACAUCUGUUACUCCAGGAUGCAGGGGCUGAGCGAGACAGGACAUGUGUUCAUAUUCUUAGGUUUUUUUCGGUAGUCACGUAGGUAAAAAAGUAAAAAUUAAUAAAAGUAAAAUAAAAUACUUGAUACAGCAAUCGUGCUGUGACGGUUCCACCUGAAGACGUGUUGCCUCCGAAACGUCGUGAUUUUUAUUUUAUUUUACUUUUAUUAAUUUUGUACCUACGUGACUUUACCGAAAAAAACCUAAGAAUAUGAAUCCUUGCAGUCACGAAAGCUUCAAAUCUAGAAAGACAUGUGUUCCCAAUUUCAGCACCACGUCUUUACGUUGGCACGGUGGUCUUGUAAGCGUAUUCCGUAAUACAAAGGACUCCGUCUAGAGCUGGUUUUACUUGUUAAGCCGAUAUACAGAAUGUUAUUAUUUUUAACGAGAUCUAGUUUCACCAAAUCUAUUUCCACACAUCUACGAUGCAUACACACCCACACUUAUAUCUAUACAGCACACACACACAGCACAAUUUGGAAUGGCUAUGUAGCUUGGUGCAUCCCGAAAAAAAAUCAAUCGCGUGCAUGCAACGCCUUUUGAGGACGAAUUUGCUUCGAUGCUGCAACGCACCGAAACGAGCGCGCAACGUUUGGCCAAUGAGUGCCGAGGUGUAAAUCGUGUCAGUAGCUUCGCACUGGGAAACCCUAGGAGUUGAUGAGGACUAACGAAAGAGUCCGCACGUCGCACAGGCGCGCACGGCGAGUAACGCAGAAGCGUUCCGCACACGGCGGGAGCUUCCCACACGUCCCAGUGCCCCUACCGCAUCAAAACAACACGGCACGGUUUCACCGUGGGCCCUGUGCGCAGUGGCAAAAGACAUCAGAGGAAUGCAAUAUCAAAGGAAUGAAAGCAGACAAUGCCCCGUGUUUGAAAAUAGAACUCGAUAUAGGGCGAGUAUUAACGUCCUUCCACUCGCAAGAUGUGUUCCGACGAGUCAAGCCUUGAACUUGUCAUCCCCGCACGUCAUUGUAUUGGUGUCGAGAUUAUCCGGCUCGGAAAAUGAAUGUCACAUCCACUCAAUCCGAGCCCUAGCCAUGGUCCCCGUGCACUCCGCAAUCUCUGCGCGAAUCGUUAAGAGGCCAGACAUCCGCUAUGUACGUCUCGCCAACACAAACGCGC